GUAAAAGUAUCGACGCGUCUCAGCCUCUCACUCUCAGAUCCUAUCACAGGUCCACCAAGAAUACCAAAUCCAAGGUCUCGCAAACUCAAUUUGAUAAAAUUAAAUUGCAGGAUUUGUUGGAUUUUAGUGUGCCAUUUAGUUAUGUGAAACUUGAGAAGCAUUAAGCUAUGGAUUCGGAUGAAUUCGAUGACGAUAUUGCAGACGAGGACUUGAUUAUCGCGGCCAGUCAAGUUCCAGUACAAGCUCCAGUACAAGCUCCAGUACAAGCUCCAAGGGGUGUUCAGCCUGCCAAGAUUAAUCAAGGUCGAUUUCAACCUCAUGUACCAGCCCAACGGACAUCGAUUCAAAGAAAUGGAAGCAGUUCAGCUCAGGGGAUCUCGCAACGCACGACCCUAAAUGCACAAAACUUUAUUGAUCUGGAUGAUUUACCUUCAGAUGCAUUUUCAAGCUCUCCAGUAAAUGGAAUAUCUCAUGGAACCACCGUGGCAGCUGGAGGCUUUCGGCAACCAUCUCGUAUCGGUGGCCCAAGCACUGGCUAUCGACAGACUACGCUAUUCGGUCAAGCUCUACAGCGAGACUCAGAACUAAAUUCUUCACAGCCCAAUAGGAAUCGGGUCUUCCGUGCGGAUUUACCCCCUGAGCCUCCUACUCACCAUGAACUUGACGUAGAUGCCAUGAAGACUUGGGUUUACCCCACCAAUCUAGGGCCUACACGAGACUACCAAUUCAGUAUUGUCAAAAAUGGAUUAUUCAACAAUACCCUCGUAGCACUCCCCACAGGCCUGGGUAAAACGUUCAUCGCAGCAACCAUCAUGCUGAAUUAUUAUCGAUGGAUGAAAUCGGCCAAAAUUAUAUUUGUAGCUCCAACCAAGCCACUUGUGUCACAGCAGAUCGACGCAUGCUUUCACAUCGCCGGUAUUCCGAGAUCACAGACCACUCUUUUAACUGGAGAUGUCGCACCAGCUCUCCGAGCAGAAGAAUGGGCAUCCAAAAGAGUCUUCUUCAUGACUCCUCAAACGUUGGAGAACGAUCUAUCUUCAGGCUACGCUGAUCCCAAGUCGAUCGGCCUGUUAGUAGUAGAUGAAGCCCAUAGGGCCACAGGGAACUACUCCUAUGUAAAAGUCGUCAGCUUUCUUAGGCGUUUCACCAGUAGUUUCCGUAUCCUCGCCCUUACAGCGACUCCCGGUUCGAAGGUCGAGUCCGUGCAGGAGGUGAUCGACAGCUUGGGAAUUUCGCAUGUGGAGAUCCGGACUGAGGAAUCGAUUGAUAUUCGACAGUUUGUGCAUCAAAGGGAUGAGGACAUCGUAUUGCUAGAUCCAUCGGAUGAGAUGAACCACGUCAAAGAACUAUUCUCGAAAGCCCUGAAGCCGCUUGUGGAUAAGCUGAGCCAGCAAAACAUUUACUACGGUCGUGACCCGAUGGCCCUCACUGUAUUCGGCCUUUUGCAAGCAAGGAAAGAGUGGAUGGCUCGAGCCGGAAAUCAUGCAAAUCAAGGAGUGAAAUUCAUGAUGGCAGCAAUCUUCGCCGUCUUGACAAGCCUUGCCCACGGUAUCAAGCUAUUGAACUUUCACGGCAUCAAGCCGUUCUAUGAUAGCCUACUUCAGUUUCGAGAAGAAACUGAGGAGAAGGGUCAGAAGGGUUCCAAAUACAAACGACAGAUUAUCGAAUGCCCAAGCUUUCAGGAAAUGAUGGAUAAGAUGGCUGCCUGGUCAAAGAAGGAUGAUUUUAUAAGCCACCCGAAGCUCACUUGUCUAUCCGACACGAUCUUAAACCAUUUCAUGGAUGCCGGCGAGGGUCGAGAGGGUGCAUCUACUAAUACUAGAAUCAUAGUCUUCAGUGAAUACCGUGACAGCGCCGAGGAGAUCGUACGGGUCCUCAACACUCAUAAGCCGAUGAUUCGUGCCGCAGUUUUCGUCGGACAAGCAGACUCAAAGAGAUCAGGAGGCAUGAAGCAGGCAGAGCAAAUCGAGCGCAUACAGAAAUUCAAGAAGGGUGAAUUUAACGUGCUCGUCGCAACAUCUAUCGGCGAAGAAGGUCUCGAUAUUGGCCAAGUUGAUCUAAUCGUAUGCUACGACGCGUCCGCAUCGCCAAUCCGAAUGCUUCAAAGAAUGGGACGAACUGGGAGAAAGCGAGCAGGACGUGUUGUUCUACUCCUAAUGCGAGGAAAGGAAGAAGACAAUUACGCCAAGUCCAAGGAUGGCUACGAAAAAAUGCAAAUCAUGAUAUGUGACGGAAGCCGCUUCAACUUCCGCCACGAUUUGUCUGCGAGAAUAAUACCAAGAGAUGCCCGUCCAGAGGUUGACAUGAGGGCUGUAGAUAUACCUGUAGAGAAUACUCAGGUCCAAGGUCUACCAGAGCCAAAGAAGGGACAGGCGAGGAAGAAGAAGCCACCCAAAAAAUUUCACAUGCCCGACGGGGUCGAGACUGGCUUUACCAGCGUUUCUGCGCUUUUAGCAAAGACAUCGGCGCCUGCGAAACCAAAAGAACCUCGUAAACCAGUCGAAGAGGAUGAGGUCGUCGAGGUGCCGGCUCUCGACCGGGUCGUCCUUAGCAAAAAUCAGACCGACGAACUGUAUAAGAUAUACAAACACGUUACAUCUGUGCGCCACGAUGCUAUGGAAGAUAUCGAACAAGUAGAUUUGACGGCUCAUCCCGCAGCCCAAAGAAAGUUGCGGAAGACGGUCGACGUGAAGCACGGCGCAUACACGAAGCGGUGCGUGAAGCUAUUUAAGAAAAUGGCGAAAGCGCAAGAUACUUCAGGCCCUGACAGCGUGCCAUAUAAAGAAUCAGAUGCUCGAAGUUACAGUCGGCUGCCACUGCCAAGCUACGGGCCCGACUCCGAUGCUGGUUCCACGGACAUGGAGCCAGCGCGCAAGAAGAGAAAGGCAACUCCUCCAUCAGAUGAUGAUGAAGUUAAAGAGCUAAUGGCUCCUCCUCCUCGCAUAUCACGUCCAAAAAAGGCACCUGCUUCUCCAAAGCAGAAGAAGAAGAAGCAGAGUACGGGAUAUAAAGACGUUGGAGAAGCCAGUCUACCACCUCCUCGAAAACACAAAGCACCCUCAAAACCUAUAGUCCCCACCAAGAAGGCACCGGCACCAGCACCACCCCGUCCACGCGUCCAACCCAAGAAAUCUCGGCCCAAAGCAUCAACAGCAGUGUACGACGAGAGCGCCGACGAAGGCGACGACUGCCGGCGCACCAGCGACCUCGACCUGACCGACGAAUCCGACAGCGGCGCCGACCUCGAGGGCUUCGUCGUCGGCGACAACGUCGGCACCUCCAGCAACUACGACCCCACCUCGUCCGUCCGAAAGCCCCAGCGAUCCACCUCCCCCACCACCGGCACGCGGAAAAAACAGAAGAGGCCGCCGGUAUACUACGAGCCGACGCGCUUCAGCCCCACGCAGGAUAGCAGCAUUGAGGAGGAGGAGAACGACAACGACGACGAUGAUGAUGAUCUGCCGCCUAUGAGCCAGAUCUUCGGAGAUUGUCGGUCGAAGGGCGGGAAGAGUACUGCCGCUACCAUUAUCUCCGACGACUCGGAAGACGUGAGACCUCGGAAAGGUAGAGGUGGUGGUGGUGGUGGUCAGACGGCGACGAGAAAGAAACAGGGGUUCUUUACCAGCGAUGACGACGAUGACGACGAUGAGGUUCUCGUUGAGGAAAGUGACGGGUAUUAAUAGAUGGGAUGUAUGGGCGCUAGGGUAAGGGUAAGGGUAAGGGAUUUGGCACGGUAUGGUUCGGUAUAGUAACCAUGGUAUCAAGUAGUGCUUUACAGGUCUGGUUUUUUUUUUUUUCGCUGCCUUGAGUAUGUAGAUACAUACCUACAUGGGUUUUCGUGGAUAAACGCUACUCGCAUGAUACUGUUCGCUUGAGUUGGUUUACCUAGGUACCUACCUACAACGCGAUGCAACACAAUAGUACCUACCUAGGCAUGAAUACAUGAG